AUGGACGUGGACGUGGACGUGGACAUGAACGUGGACGUGGACAUGGACAUGGACGUGGACGAGGACGUGGACAUGGACGUGGACGUGGACGUGGACGUGGAUGUGGAUGUGGACGUGGAGAUGGACGUGGACGUGGACGUGGACAGGGACGUGGACGUGGACGUGGACGUCGACAUGGACGUGGACGUGGACAUGGACAUGGAAGUGGACGUGGACAGGGACGUGGACGUGGACGUGGAGGUCGACAUGGACGUGGACGUGGAGGUCGACGUGGACGUGGACGUGGACGUGGACGUGAACAUGGACGUGGACGUGGACGUGGACGUGGACGUGGACGUGGUCGUGGACGUGGACGUGGACAUGGACGUGGACGUGGACGUGUACGUGGAGGACUUGAACGUGGACGAGGAUGUGGACAUGGACGUGGACGAGGACGUGGACAUGGACGUGGACGUGGAUGUGGACGUGGACGUGGACGUCGACAUGGACGUGGACGUGGAGGUGGACGUGGACGAGGACGUGGACGUGGACGUGGACGUGGACGUGGACGUAGACAUCGACCUGGACGUGGACGUGGAGAUGGACGUGGACGUGGACGUGGACGUAGACGUGGACGUGGACAUGGACGUGGACGUGGACAUGGACGUGGAGAUGGAUGUGGACGUGGACGUGGACGUGGACGUGGUCGUGGACGUGGACGUGGAGGUGGACAUGGACGUCGACGUGGAGGACUUGGAUGUGGACAUGGACGUGGACGUGGACAUGGACGUGGACGUGGACGUUGACGUGGACGUGGUCGUGGACGUGGACGUGGACGUGGUCGUGGACAUGGACGUGGACAUGGACGUGGACGUGCACGUGGACGUGGAGUGGACGUGGACGUGGACGUGGACGUGGAGGACUUGA